AUGACAGAGAGUGUCAGUGGUUGCAGUCUUUGUGGUUUCUUCAACCUCCUCAUCCUCUCUCUGGUGGGCAGCAGCUUCGCUGUGGAUGAAACUCCUCCUCGUGGCUGCAGCACCUUCCUGAAGAGGCCCUACAUGGCCUUUUGUGACCUGGAUGCGGUAUUGGGUGUGGCAGUGAUGACGGCGGCGAGUGGGGCAGCCCUGGCAUCGAUGAUCCUGGCCCUCGUGCUGCUGUUCUGUCUGCGUCGCAUCACAGCACCCGACAAGCACAGCGGGGUUGCGCCACUGCUUCUGCUCCUCACUGGCAUUGUUGGGCUCUGUGGCCUUAGCUUUGCUUACCUCAUCAAGCGUGAAAAGCAUCUUUGUAUUGCACGCCGCACCAUCUGGGGCACGCUGCUCGCCCUGUGCUUCGGAUGCCUGGUGUGCCAGAGCGUGCGACUGCAGCGGUUGGUGCAGGGUGCCCUUAGCCCCAGUGGCAGGGCCCUGGCAGGGUUGGCGGUGCUUUUGGCUCUGGUGGCUCCUGCAUGGGUGCUGCUGAAUGUGACGCCUGAGGGUCUUGCGGCUUGCCAGUACAAUUCACUGGACUUGGGGUUGACCUGCACCUAUGUGCUGCUACUGCUGCUAGUGGCGCUGGCUGGUGCAGCCUGCAGCCUGUCUGGGAUGCAGCCGCAGUGGCGAUGCAACGCUGCUUGGCUGCUCGCCACCUGCCUCAGCUCCUCCCUGUUGUGGGCCACCUGGCUCACAUUCUACCUUUAUGGCAAUAGGGCUCUUGGCUUGUCCUCCACCUGGGACGACAAGGAGCAGGCAGUCGUGCUGGUGACGCAGGCCUGGCUGCUACUGCUGGUCCACGCUGCCCCCGAGGCCCAUGCCUGCAUGCACACAGCCCCGCAGCCCUCGGACCCCACUGACACUGCCCCCUCGCAGGCUCAACCCCACCUGAGGGAGGCCAACCUUGAAGAGGGCAUUUCCCUGUCCCACUGGCAGUCUAGAGAGAACCAGGGUGUUUCAGUUAACCGCAGCAAUUCAGGUACUUCUAGAAGUCAUAGGAACAGCAGCUUAGGAACAGGGCCCAGCACUGUCUUCCCCGGUAGCCACGACCAGCCUACUGAGAUCGUAAUCCUGAACUAGGCAGCAAAAUGGACACAGCUUGCUGCUCCGCAUAUCCAUCCAGAUUCGGAAUGCAGUGCAAUUUCCUGGGAUUCAGCAGCUGGUUCAUAUCACCAGGGGUGUAAAUUCGCUGUAUGGUGGUUUCCCCAGAAGAGC